AUGAAAUUAAGUCUGAAUCUGAUGGCAGCUCUGUCUGAAAACAUGCUGACAGUCAACAUGUUACUGAGUGUCUUCUUUCUUCCAGGUACUUUGGCUGAUUGUUGUGAUACAAAAUCAGGCAUCAGAAUCACUACACCGAAAAAGAUCAAAGCUCUGAGUGGAUCUUGUUUGGAAAUCCCAUGCAGCUUUAAUACAGAAAAUAAAUUAUUUGACAGCAGCAAAACUAUCUAUGGAGUUUGGAUGAAGCAAAAAAUUAAUGGCAAUCCAAGUCCUGUUGUUUUCCACAGCAGUGGGUCAGUUAACACCUAUCCAUUGACUAUUACUGGAAACCUGAAAGAGAAAAACUGCACCACUCUGUUUCCUGAUGUAAAUACCAGUUAUACAGACAGAUACUUCUUCAGGAUUGAGAACGAGCCGUUUAAAGCAACAGCCUGUGAAGAUCCUCUUAAUAUAACAGUUAAAGAUUCUCCUUGGAGUCCCAGCAUUAAUAUCUCUGUUGUGAAGGAGCAUCAGUCUGUCACUAUAAGCUGCUCAGCUGUGACUCCCUGUCCACACUCACCUCCUGAACUCACCUGGAAUCUCCAACAAGACUCUGACAGACAAACAGAGAAAAACAAAGAUGGAACCUUUACAACUAAAAUCCAGGAGACCAUCACUCUGUCAGACACACAUGAUGGAUACAACAUCAACUGUUCUGCCAGAUAUCCUGUGAAUGGAGGAAGCAAGACAGCAGAGACAGAAGUGACUCUCAGUGUUUCAUAUGCUCCUAAAGACACCUCAGCAUCCAUCAGUCCAUCAGGUUUGUUGUCAGCAGGCAGCUGGGUGGAGCUGAACUGCUCCAGCAGAGCCAAGCCUCCUGCCAGCUUCACCUGGUUCUGGAACAGCAAACAUGGAGCCAGAAUAGUAGCUACAGGGGAAUUUUACAGCCUCAGAGUCACUGAGGGAGGAGAGUAUUACUGUGAGGCUACAAAUGAUCUUGGGAAACAGAGAUCAUCACUUAUCCUACUCAAUUUGAAAGAUUGUCCUUGGAGUCCAAGCUUUAACAUCCCACUUAAACUGAAGGAGCAUCAGUCUGUCACUAUAAGCUGCUCAGCUGUGACUCCCUGUCCACACUCACCUCCUGAACUCACCUGGAAUCUCCAACAAGACUCUGAGAGACAAACAGAGAAAAACACAGAUGGAACCUUUACAACUAAAAUCCAGGAGACCAUCACUCUGUCAGACACACAUGAUGGAUACAACAUCAGCUGUUCUGCCAGAUAUCCUGUGAAUGGAGGAAGCAAGACAGCAGAGACAGAAGUGACUCUGUAUGCUCCUAAAGACACCUCAGCAUCCAUCAGUCCAUCAGGUUUGGUGUCAGCAGGUAGCUGGGUGGAGCUGAGCUGCUCCAGCAGAGCCAAGCCUCCUGCCAGCUUCACCUGGUUCAGGAACAGCAAACAUGGAGCCAUUAAUGUAUCUGUGGGGCAGGUUUACAGCUUCAAUGUUACUGAGGGAGGAGAGUAUUACUGUGAGGCUACAAAUGAUCUGGGGAAUCAGAGAUCAGCAGUGAUUCAUCCUGGCAAUAAAGGUUUGCCAUCUGGAUUUAUUUUCUGGGUGACCACUCUAGUUGGAGGAACUGUGAUCCUCUGCCUGUUAGCUUUACUUUGGUUCAUUAAGAUCAAACAUAAAGCUUCUCGGCGGAAGCACCUGUACGAGGUGUCAACAACUAUCAGUAAUGCAGGGAGUUCUCAUAUGUUGGUUUGUAAGAAUCAACCGGGUGUGCGGACGUUGAUCUUCACAUGAUAGCCAACAAAUCAAAUGAAAAACUCCAUGAUGGAAAUAUGAAUUUCACUCAGAGCAGGCCUGAAGUUUCCUCCUUCUCGGUUCAGGACCAGGAACAUCCGGAGACCAAGUGUGAACAGUUCAAAGUGCUCACUAACAGUCCAGAGGAUCUCCGCACUGAAGAGGAAAUUGCUGUGUUGUGAAUAAUCUCAUCUCUGGAGACAGUGGUCUCUUAAAAUACAGAUGCUAAUCUAUAUAUGCAUAUUUAUAUUAUUUUUUGCUAAUGGUUAAAAAGCAUGCUUAAGUAUGUUUUGAGCAUUUGCAAAUUUGCA